AUGUUCUCCACCACCGCCUCCGCCUCUUCGUUUCGUUUCCAUCUUCCUCCUCGUCUUCCUCUUUCUCUUCGGGGGCGUUCCCCGCGUUUUUUAUCCAUUUCCAAUUCGGAAGGAGGAGGAGGAGAAGAAGACAAACAUCAUGAUUAUCUGCGCCAUCGAUCGACCCCGGGCAGAUACGAACGGACGAAUUUGAAGCUCGAGCACGCGUGUUCGGACCAUUACCCUCUGGAUUUGUUUCGAGCGCAACUUUCGUUUGGUUUUAACGGUGGCAGUACCAAAAGCCUUUCAGGAGGGGAGUUGGGAACCAAAAGAGAACGAAAUACGUCAGAUGACGACGACGAGAAUGUUGACGAGAAUGUUGGAAUCGAGAUGUCCGUCAUCCUCCCAGAGUCGGAAGAAUUAGUGGCGAACGUAUUCUCUGCUUUGGGAAAACCGGACGAGGAUCCGCACUGGGCGGAUGUGUGGCACGGCGGGAUCGCGUUGAACGAAUACUUGGUUUCGGACGAGAGCGGCGGCUCGUUAGUGCGAGGGAAGCGAGUGUUAGAGUUAGGUUGCGGCGUCGGGUUAACGGGUGUUUUGUGUGCGAUGGAAGGAGCGAGGAAAGUGACCAUGACGGAUAGAGAGCCGUUCGCGUGUUAUUGCGCGGCGGCGAGUGCGGUUGCGAAUGGAUUUGGCUCGGUGACGAAAGCGCUGGAUGAAGACGCGAGCGUCGUAGACGGGUUGGCGCAGAUGGAUGUAGGUUUGUUAGAAGGUGUAGUCGAUAGACGUAGCAGAAGUAGCCGAAAGUGUGAAUGCAUCGAGGCGAAGAUUAUGGAUUGGUUCAAGUUGGAUGAGUAUCUCGUCAAAGAGCAGGAUGAUUUUGCGUACGACGUCGUCAUCGCGUGCGAUUGUUUGUAUUGCGAAGAAGCCGUCGAAGCCGUGGCAUCGAUCGUAUUUAAAGCCUUGUCGAGACGACAACAACACGGCGCCACGUCGUCGCCGUUUACGUUUCUCCUUGCCGAUCCGCCGUCGCGAUUCCCGCAAAACCACGAGAAGUUUCUCAAAAUCAUACGAGAGAAGAGCGGCGUGAAAGACGUAAAGAGGAAAGAUACGCUGUUAGCAGUUCGGAAUCCGUGUCAAGAGGAUGAAGGCGAAAUAAUCGUCAAGAUUUGCGAAUAUGCGUUCCGUUAG